AUAUGUGUUCAAAUUGUUCGAGUAUAGGUAAGUUUAUAAUUCUCAGAGUUAUCCAAAUCUCUCUCUCAAUUACGAGUUUACUUGUAAAUUAUUCACCGUUUUAGUUGAUGAUAUAUGAUUCAAACAUUUACUUUUGAUAUAAAGGAUGUAUCUUUUAGAAGAAGAAUUAUAGUCUAAUUUGAAGACGAACAAAAAUUGUGAAACACAAAGUUUUCUCUUCAACAGUUUUCUCUAAGUCGAACUGAUAUUCCUUCCAUUUCUUCACUAGAAAAGGUCAUGCGACGUACCAGCAGGCACAAAAUCCUGCAGAUAUCGGUGUUUUUUCUCAUUUAUUCCAUAAUCCACGUCUUGUCAGCAUCAGAUAAAAAUGACCUGCCAGAGGCAUCAGAAAAAGUACGGGAGAGAAAUCCACAAUUGAACAUUCCAUCGAUAAAAGGCACUACGACAACAUCUUCAACAACCACUUCAACCACAUCGACUUCCUCGAGUACUACCUCAACAACAUCAACAGCAAAACCAAAUAUAACAGGAGAUGCAACAUCAAAAACGACUUCCACUUCAGAAAAACCAGAAGAAAAUGACGAAACGACAACAAUGUCAACAAGCAAUGCAACAAUGCCAACAGUCUCGAAUGACACGGAACCGUCACAGAAGUGUACUACUCCCGCCAUAGAACAGUUUCCACGACCUUUGAUGGACAAUUCAACACGAAGACAUGGAGGUCUGAUUAUUCACUUGCUUGUUGCAAUCUAUACGUUUUUUGGAUUAGCUAUAGUUUGUGACGAGUAUUUUGUUGCUUCCUUGGAUCGCAUAUGUGAAGAACUCAAAAUGGCACCUGAUGUGGCUGGAGCCACAUUUAUGGCAGCUGGUAGUUCAGCGCCCGAACUGGCAACAGUGGUUAUUGGAGUUUUUCUUGCAAAAGAUGACAUAGGAAUAUCCGGUGUUAUUGGAUCUGCCGUAUUCAACAUAAUGUUCGUCAUUUCCGUCUGUGCACUUUGUACUACAACGGUGGCUUACCUCAAUUGGUGGCCCUUAGUCAGAGACUGCUUUUUCUAUGCUGUUUCCAUUUUGGUCCUCCUCAUCACGAUUUAUGACAAAAGGAUAACAAGAGGCGAGUCGAUUCUGAUGCUUAUUAUGUACGUCAUUUACUGCAUCGUCCUGCAUUUCAACACGCCACUGGAGAAAUGGGCACAAACCUGGCCAGUGCCGUGCAAGAAAUACGUGCCGCAAGGUCAAACCGAACAGUCGGACUUGGUGACCUACAAAAAUUUGGAGGAGAACGGGAAACAUCAAACUUACGGGGGUAUAACCCCAGAACCCGCCACUGCUCCUGCGCCAGUGGCUGAAAUCGACUUCAACAAGAUGUGGGAGGAUCCGUCUAGCUAUGAGAACCAGUUUAAUGCCCAAGCUUUCAAUCAACCACAACCUGUUGAAUCUGCACCACCAGUUGAAGUUCCUGUACCUUGCGAGGUGGCCAUGCCUCAAAGCCAGGCUCCUGUUCAGCACGAUUACUACAAACCCAAAGAAUACGACCCUUCAAAGGUUGUAGAUCCUCUGGUUAAGCCGGAAGAUCCUAAUAUCUUCAUCCAAGCCAAAUGGUACCUGAUAUACCCUAUUCACUACUUGUGCAGAAAAACAAUGCCUGAUUGUCGAUCAGAUAAAUACAAGAAUUGGUACCCGUUCACCUUCUUCGUUUCGAUGCUGUGGAUCUCUUUCUACUCCUAUUUCAUGGUUUGGAUGAUAACUAUCAUUGGUUUCACCAUGAAUAUACCAGAUACUGUUAUGGGGCUAACAUUCGUAGCUGCAGGUGUAUCAGUACCAGACGCUCUCUCAAGUAUAGCAGUCAUCAGAGAAGGGUAUGGCGAUAUGGCAGUUUCUAACGCUGUGGGUUCAAAUGUUUUCGACAUAUUGGUGUGUUUGGGCCUUCCUUGGUUCUUGAAGACAGCUGUCGUUAGCCCAGGAAGCCAAGUUAAGGUUAUAAGUAAAGGCUUAACCUACUCCACACUUUCCCUGCUUUCAACAGUUGUGUUCUUGCUUGUAACCACCCAUUUGAAUGGUUGGAAGUUGGACAAGAAAUAUGGGGUGAUACUAAUGGUUUGGUACAUAAUAUUCAUAACGUUUGCAAGUUUGUACGAAUUAAACGUGUUUGGCUAUAUGAAUCCAAGAGAAUGCUCCAGUGAUUACUAGAGAAAAGAAAAUUCGAACAUACAAAGUACGAAAUUUGGGUUCGACAGACUAGUAGGUUUCUUUGUAAAGCCAGCACAAAAAAACUAAGUAUUAAAGAUGAAAAAAUAUAUGUAUAUCGCUUUCAGACAAACAAAUUGAAAUAGUCUGAAAACUGUCAAAUUUUCUCACAACAGCGUCGAUAAGUGUUACGAUCUGACUUAGAUCUAGUGAUCUAGAGACAUGUACGUAUUAGAUACAAUGAAACAUAGUUCGAAGCCAUCUGUUGGUUUUUUCUGAGGCUAUUUCCAAAUAUGAGAGCACUAAGACUUCAUUUAUUAUACGUGAAAAAUUGGAUAUGUUGAAAACUUUGUUCAUCAACAAUCAUAGAAAACGCUUCAGGUAACCUAAAAUUGUUGGUGUCGCCAUCUAUAUUAGGUUGAAUCGGGUUUUCUACACUACCUCUAUGAAAAGACCAAAAGCUCUAAAGUGGUACCUUUCCAGGUUCUUGAAAAAACCAUCAGAUGUCUCAAUUUCCUUUACGUUCAUUUAGAAACUUAAAGAAGCUCAAGGUCAUCAAUUACUUCUUUUUUGUUGGCAAUAUCCCCAGUCAAUAAAAAUUUGAAAACGUAGUCAAUUGCCUUCCCAAUACUUGAUCAAUUUUCCUCUACAAUUUGAAUUUGAUUCGAAUUUCAAAACGUUUUUUGAAUGUAAAUUUUAAAUUUUUUUUUAAUGUUUUCUAGACUGUACUGAUUUUACAGACAGUUCAAUUCAUCAAAUAGUGGUAGAAGAGAUUAAACAGAGAGUAGAGAAACAUAGAUUUUAUAAACGAACGAACUCAAAAUGAUAGUUGUAUUUUGUAAUCCCUAAUUUUGCUACUUGUCAAAUGUUGAAAUAUAACCCCAGCUUUAAUGAUUAUUAAAAUAGGAUAACAUUGGUGAAGACUAGCAUGAUUGUGUACGCCAAUUCUAUUGGGAAAACAGUAAAAUAUUCGAAAAAAUUACUCCAGUAUUUUUAUAGGGUGUUUCAGUAUGAGGUGCAGAUUCUUGAAGGUGGUUUUAAAGGGAAAACAAUAUUCUAAAUUUCUUAACUUUUAAACUACAGGGUGUCAAAUGUUUAGAAAGGUUCAAGGUUAAGAGGUCCAAGACAUAGAUUUAUUAGGGCUUUUCUUCCUUGAAAAAACCUCAGGAUUCACAGCCUUAAGGAUUAGCAUUGUAUUUUAAACAUCCUGUAAAAAUUUAAAGUUAAAUUAAAAAUUUUUCUCUACCUUAAUUCUUUUCAUGAAGAACUGGCUGUGUACAAUCAAUAUAUUAUGAUGUAUAAAUGAUAUUCAAACUUCGUAUGAUAUUUUCCUAUUUUCCCAAUGUAUAUAUGUACUUCCAUAAUUUCUUCCACUUCCCAGAACAGUAGAAGAAAGAGUGGAAAAAAAAUGACAAGAUGCUUAAUUGUUCAAAAAUAGAUCGAUAUUCGUUCAGCUGUUGGUAUGUCUCUACAAAAAGCAAUUAUUCAAUUAUUGUAUUUCAUCUAUAGUUCAAGAAAUUAGGUAUAAUUAGUUGUAAAAAAAAAUUCGAGAAGCAUAAUUCUCGAAUUUUUGAAAUGUUGUUCAUUGCUUUGAGUCAAUAUGAUUCUAGAAAACUUCUAGAAUAUUUAUCAAUAUUAGUGCCAAUUAUUUGAUUCCUUAAAUUUAUCAUUAUCGACAAUAACAUGACGAAAGAUAUUUGGAAUUUCUAGAUAAAAAUUCCAUUUUGAUAUUUUUUUCGUUGUGAAAAUCUAAUAUUUUAGACCAAUAUAGUCAUUCGUUAUUAGAUUGUGAGAAUUUAUAUAACUAUUGAGUACGCAAAUCAUUUAGUGAGUAUUCGAAAAAAAUUACAUCGAAAAUUUUUAUAUUAUAUUGUAGAAUUAUUUAUCAUUAUCUCUAUUACGCCAAUAUAGUUCUUUACAAACUUUUUGAAUGCAUUUGGAGAAAUAUCUUCAUUGCAGUAGGUACAAAUAUUUUAUAGUUGAAUUAUGAAAUUAAUUCAUAACUAAACAGUAUUUUGAAACUUAUUCUUAAAUUGUUUCAGUGCAGAUUGUUAUCCAAAUGGAAUUAAUAUAAAAUUAUAAAAUGAAUAAAUGAAAUAAUCAGUCACUGGGUGAAGAUAUUCACAGAGUUUUCAAACGCUUAAGAUUUUAUUGAUCUUCUUUAUAAGUAAUACUUUGUUCCAUAUUUUAUAUUUAUACAUUUUUUAUGAAUCUAUCGCAACUUAAGACAAUAAUAACGCCUUAAUUUUAAUUCUUAUGUUUAGUUCAUCAUUAGUCAUUCAAUUAUUCAACUCGUCAAUUAUUUAUUGAUUUUAAUUCAAUCAAAUUGUGAAAAAGCCAAUUUCCUUUAAUUUGAACAGGGAAAUCUAUUAAAUAAACAUUUGAGUGAUAUUGAAUGAUCUAGGCUAGCUCAAAUGCAGGCUUCUUCAAAUUGUUUCACCCGAAGGGUGAAAUGAACAUAUCUUAUGAAAAUACCAAUUAGUUUUUGUAGAAAGUUAGUGGGCAACUCAGCCAAUGUUAGGUUUUGAAUUCUUGAAAAAAAAAAUUGUUACAAAGUUUCAAUUUGAACUUAGAAUGGAGCAAUUGUUAUUUCAUGUGAGGUAGCAUCGUAUUUCGACAUACUGAACUUGAGUUUUCAUGUAUAAACUUUUUAGUUUUCGAGAUUCCUCUUUUGUAGUUUUUAUUAUAAAAUUCUUUCGAAUUAAUCUGAUAUGAGUACGCUAUUAUUACUUUGUCACAACAUAGAACUGAGAUUUGAAACUAAAUAAUAUAUUGCAACUAUAGGUGUGGUUUUUAUUGUGUUUUUUUUUUAUCCUAUUUGACUAUUUUAAUUUUUUAUAAAAGAGUAUUAAUGUUGAAUUAAUGUUAAAAGUUAUGUAGGUUGCAUGUGAUGUAAACUCAGAUGUAUCUAAAUCUUAUAUAUUAGUGUUCGUACAAUUCAGUUGCCAACAUCUUAAAAAAUAAUUUUAAAUCCUAUUGCGGAUUUAACAAUGUUUAUCAUAAUUUUCAAUUUUUUUUUAUUGAUGUUUAUCUUUGUCAUCUGCAAGUCUUGUAUUUUUCCUGCAUAAAUAGCUGUUGGAUGUUUAUAUGGCACCUAUUUGUGUAUAACGAAAACCACCACAAAUAUAUUCAUGGAUGAGAAUUGCUUAAGAAGUUUUUUUCAAAAAAAAAAUGUGUUUGUUACUUGAUUUACUUGCACAUAUUGUUCGAGUUGUAUAUACCAAACAUUAUUUUUUUGAAUCCCAAUGAUGUUGCAAAUAAAUGACAUGUCUUUCAAAAUGGUA